AUGGAUGACUUAAUGCCAUCAUUCCAACGGCUCAAUCAGUCCGAAAGCGACCAGGAUGUUUCAGUUGCAGAUAUCGAGGUGUUGAAGCGCCGUAAGCUAAAUCUUGACAAGGAAGUUCUCAAAGAACGGCAUAUUUGGAAACCUACCGGUCUGUUUGAUCAGCAAUAUUGCCAACAAGGCGCAAAGAUCGCAAACAUCUCAGCAGCAACCAAGCGGGUAGAGAUAUCGAUUUCUCAGGGCAGCUAUACUGGGAAAGAUAUCGACUGGGAACAUACCGAGGAGGCAAAAAGACUCUUAGAGCAAAUUAAAGCACACGAAGCCACAGAAAAGAUCCUUAACAACCGUGCCAGUAAGCUGGAUGAAAGUAGAAAAGGACGGCCCCUUCGAGUCAGCUUCAUGCGGCUGUUUACUACCUCUAAAAUUGGCAUCGAUAUCUCGUAG